AAGAAGUUACUUUGGCUCCAGAUGGGUUUACUCGUCAAUUAACAACCGUUAAUGGACAAUAUCCUGGACCAGCCAUGGAAGUUAACAAAGGAGAUCGUAUUUUGAUGAAAAUUAAAAAUAAAUUGGGAAACCCAACAGCUAUGCACGCGCAUGGGAUGCAUCAAAGAGGGACUCCUUGGUACGAUGGAGCACCAUGGAUUACUCAAUGCGUUAUACCAGACGAUUACGAAUUCACCUACAAUUUCACUGUUCCUGACGAAGUUGGCACUUUUUGGUAUCAUGCGCAUGAAAGAAUGCAAUAUGUUGAUGGAGUUUUUGGCCCGUUAAUUAUUCACGAUCCUGAUGAUCCGUAUAAAGCGGAAUAUGAUGAGGAAAUUAUUGUCAUGUUGAAUGAUUAUCAUCAUACCAAGGCAAAAGUUUUAUUAAAACACUUCUUUACUCCUCAAAGUCAAGGAAACGAGGCCCCGCCGGGUUCUAAAUGUGUGGACAAUGCCGGUCUUGCUAAAUUUAAAUUUGUUCAAAAUAAAAAAUACCGCCUUCGUAUCAUUAAUGCUAGCGCAUUUUCGGCAUUCUUCUUUUCUAUUGAUAAACACGAAAUGGAAAUUAUAGAAGCAGACGGCGCAUAUACCAAGCGAAAGAAAAUCCAUCAUCUUCCCAUCAACGUCGCCCAAAGAUAUUCUGUUAUUGUUACUGCAAACCAACCGGUCGAUAAUUAUAUAAUGCGGGCUAAAUUUCAAAAGACAUGCAUGCCAGCUGCAGCAGCUAAUCUUCCUAUUGUAAAAGCUAUAGUACAUUAUGAAGGAGCCCCCGAUGAUUCUAAACCAAAAGACAGUCCAUGGCCUAAUUCCUUGACAGAAUGCAUUGAUCUACAUCACAAGACUUUACAGCCACUUAAAGAAGAAGAGAUUCCUGAAUCAACGAAAAAAUUGAAACUCGUAAUUGCUUUUCAUAAUGAUACAAAAGGAGUUGUUAAGGCUUUCCUUAAUGAAUCUUCUUAUGUACCCGAUAUAACUAUUCCGAGUUUAGAGAAAAUCUUUAAAGGGAAAUCAAUUAAAAAACCCAGGUUAAAUGCCUAUGCUUUUGACAAAGAUGGAGAAGCAAUUGAUAUUUAUUUUAUCAAUACUGACACGGGCGACCAUCCGUUUCACAUGCAUGGAAACCAUUUUUGGUUACUUGGAACCGGAGAUGGAAAUAAAGUUGAUGAAAAAAAAUUGAAUACACGUAACCCACUCAAGCGUGAUACUGCAACAAUACCUGCCUUAGGAUGGAUGGUUAUCAGAUUUGUUUCCGACAAUCCUGGAUGGCAUUUGGAAUCUGGUCUUUUGAUGCAGUCGAUCGUACUUCCAGAUAAAAUCAGAAAAAUGCAGCCUCCGAAAGAAUGGACCAAAUUAUGCGAAUUAGGUGGACAUUACUCUACUCCAUAA